AUGUCUAGCUUGUUUAAGACUUUCAGAUAUUGUAAAAUAGCAGGUCAUCAAUCCAAAAAAAUUAUCAGAAUUUGUGUUUCAAAGUUAUCAUGCACAAAUAGAUAUUUAUGUGAAUUGUGUAUUAAAUCAUAAAAUCAUCCACAUAUUGAUUAAAGUUUAAGCAUUGAAUAAUUUUUGUAAAGAAUCAAUUAAAUAAAAAUAAAUUAUUAGACUGCAAAUAAAAUAGAUGAAAUAUCUUUUAUAUUGAAAACCAAAAUAAAUUCUUGUAUUCAAAUAAUUCAAUAAUAAUUUUCAUAAUUAGAGGAUAGAGUAGAAAAUAUCAAAUCUAAUAUAAGAAAUAGUUUUGCUAAUAUUAUAUAAGUAUUAGAUUAAUUAAGUUCGAAUCCUCUAGGUUUUAAUGAUGAAAACCUAAAUAGAAAUUUAUAUCUUCUUUAAGAUGAAAGUUGGAAGGAAUUUCAAUAAUCUGUUAAUAAAGGUACUCAUAUUAUGAAACAAUAUUUCAAUAUUCUACAUGAAUAAUCGUUAAAGUUUAAAUUAAUAAAUGAACAUUCAAAGUAAGGAAGUAUUGCCUAACAUUUAUAAAUGGGUGAGACAUCUUGGCAUUUGAAAGAUAUAGAUAAAGAUUUCGAGUCCCAUCGUCCAGAUCUUUCGAGAUUCAUUAUAUAUUACUCAGCAUAGACUCAAGAACUGAUGUAUUAUAUUUUAUUAUAAUAUAUAUGAAGAAGGACAAAUUUUAAAUAAUAAAGUUUAGU